GUGACAGUUACUGUUUAUCACGUGACAUUGUUUAGUAUGAGCCGCGGUGUCGCAGAAUCUCUGGGGUGAAGUCCAAAAUGGCUCGAAACGAGGAGAAACAACAAGGGAAGCUGAACAGACUUUGGCUCCAGAAAGAGAGAGAAGAGGGACGCCUCAAAGAUGGACACCAACGGAGACCCAAGCUGUCAACUCUUAAUUCCGCCUCCUCAGUGAAAAAAUGGAUCCCCAGCAUCAAGAAUGACAUAGAGUAUUAUCUGCAGCAAUCCCAGUUGCCCCAUUACCCAGAGAGGAAGAUAGCUGAGUUCCAGCUGCACAUCGAAGCUUUAGAAAGAGAGUACAAAAGCUUUAUCGCCAAACUACGAGUUCUUGACCCUGCCUGCAAACACAAGCCCUGGACUCCUCGAGCGUACUGCAAGAGGAGAGCAGACACGCAAGACGCUCCAAGAAUCGUUAAAAACCCGCGGCCCUGUGAGCCACAUGACGGCAGCAGUCAGUUGAGCGAAGGUGAGAGUGAUUUGACCAGCAACAAAACCUCAGCCCCUGAGAGACAGGGACCUCUCAGCCAUUCAGAGACCAAGUUUCACACUCCUGUCCCCACCAACCCAAUCUCAGAAUCUUCAGAGGCAGUGUGUGCACACCAGGACCGGCCCCUCGCCUUUGACCAAACAAAGCUGGCGGUGGCGGCUGCUGCGUUCAGAGGGCCGUCAGUUCAACGAGGCUCCUCUCAAACACAGAGUCUAGCCAGGGUGCUGCAGUCCGGCCUGCCAAACCUUGUUAACGCUUCAUUAAAGCAAACAUUUUCAACCCACAGCAUAGAUGCACAGAACGAUGGCAAUGGAACAGUGGGAUCUGAACAGAAAAGUGUUGUUCAAGAUUGUAAGUCAGACUGUGAAGCAGCAGAAAGGAUACAUGGGAAAUCAUCCAGCACUGGGACAACAGAAGAGAGGACAGGUCAUGUCCUGGGACUAGAUUGUUACUCUUCUUCUGAUGAGGAGUGUGACACGUGAUGCUGUUUGAUCAUGAAAUGUAAUGGUCCCUUUUUCUCUACAUCUUAAUUACAGUGAAGUGUUUUAUGAAACCUG